AUGUACGGCUACGAUGCUGGCGUGCUCGGUGGAGUCCAGACCACGGAGCCCUUCCUCGACGCCCUUGGUCAUCCGACUGGAACCUAUGUCAUUCCGAUGAUUGCAUCCUCGUACACCCUGGCAGCGGCGGUAUGCUCAUUGGCGGUGACGUUCCUCGGCAUGCCGCUGGGCAGGCGAGGCUGUAUCCUGAUGGGCGAUGCCCUGGUCAUCGUUGGCGCCAGCAUCCAAGCGUCUUCUUGGUCCGUUGCACAAAUUAUCGUCGGUCGGGUUCUUUGCGGAUUCGGCAUCGGGUUUAUUUCCUGCAGUGUUCCUACCUACAUGGCAGAGAUGAGUAUCACGUCGAAAGAACGAGGACCGGAAGUCGCCAUCCAAUGUGUCUGGCUGAUCUCGGGAGUUGCGCUUGCCUACUGGGUCGACUUUGGCUUCACUCGCAUGACCAAUCAGGUGUCCUGGCGCUUUCCCAUUGCAUUCCAAGCCUUCUUCGCGACCGUCUCGAUCAUUGGCAUGUUCUUCUUGCCUGACACUCCAAGAUGGUAUUACGCAAAGGGCCGGAUCGAGGAGGGUGACAGUGUCGUGAUGCGCCUUCAUGACCGGCCCUUCGAAGACCCUGCCGUCCAGGCCAUGCGCGACGAAAUCCUGGCUUCGAUCAAGCUUGAGGACGAAGACGAGCAUAAGUUCAACCCUCUGGGUCUGUUGUGGGACCGGAGCGAUCUCAAGGCUGGUCGCAGGAUCAGGAUCUCCUUCAUGAUCCUGUCACUUCAGCAGAUGAUGGGGAUCAACUUGUCAGUCUACUACUCGACCGUCAUCUUCGCGCAGGUCGGCCUCUCUCCCUUUCUCUCCCAACUACUCGCCGCGGUCAUGAACACCGGGUUCGCUCUCGGGACAUAUCCCUUGCCCUGGACGAUCGAACGAGUCGGUCGCCGCGGCGUGAUGAUCUGGUCCGCCGUCAUAUUGACGAUCUGCAUGCUCAUCUUUGUGAUUAUGAUCGGCUUGCCGAACCCUACUCUGACGAGACAAUGGGUCGCCGUGGCGUUUGUGAUCAUAUAUAAUUUUGUGUUUGGCUACGGAUGGAUUGGUGUGCCGUGGCUGUACGGUCCCGAGAUCGCCCCUCUCAAACUCCGCCAUCUCGGUGGCGCGGCCGGCGCGUUUGGCGAAUGGCUUUUCAGCUUCAUCACCGUUUUCGCCGGAGGCAUCGCCUUGCAGAACGUCGGCUGGAAGAUCUGGAUCUGGAUGCUCUUGUCUUGUGCCGUUGCCGUGCCUUUUGUGUAUUUCUUGUGUCCUGAGACGACCGGCAAGACGCUGGAAGAGAUCGACUUUUUAUUCGCCAGUCCGGAGAUCCGAGACUCGGCUCUCGCAGCCAGGGUGAUUCACGAUCGACAUGCAGACACGGUGCUGAAGAAGGAUAACAUCAUCGAGUAUGAAGAGAAGGAGGAUGUGUAA